AUGUCGGACCCGGUCGUUCUUCAGUCGGCGGUUCGAGUGCCCACUCCUCCCCCAGGGGCCGCAUUUUCGCCUGGUGGAGGCUCAAGAAAACGUUCGCCUCCAUCGCGAUCUCCGUCGCCAAAUCGACGUCGCUCACCACCGGGUGAUUCGCACCGACACGGUGAUGCCCCCCGCCUGGAUGACGAACGCGCAAUCGAACGAGAGCGACAGCUUGCGGAGCGUGUUCGUGAACAUGAAAAGAAGGAAGCUGCUCGAAAGCCGUUGACCGACGAGGAGAAACAGGCUUCUGCGAAGGCGGAAUAUGAGAAGCUUCUAAACAUGCGUUCGGGCGGUACAUACAUUCCUCCAGCCCGACUUCGUGCGCUGCAGGCGCAGAUCACGGAUAAGACGAGCAAGGAGUACCAGCGCAUGGCGUGGGAGGCUUUGAAGAAAUCGAUCAAUGGUCUGAUCAACAAGGUCAACGUUUCAAAUAUCAAGUUUAUCGUCCCAGAACUGUUUGGAGAAAACCUGGUUCGAGGACGGGGCCUGUUUUGCCGUUCCAUCAUGAAGGCGCAGGCGGCCAGUUUGCCCUUUACACCCAUCUACGCUGCGAUGGCGGCGAUUGUCAACACGAAACUUCCGCAGGUCGGAGACUUGUUGCUGUCCCGGUUGAUUAUUCAAUUCCGCAAGGCUUUCAAGCGAAACGACAAAGCUGUCUGCAUCUCGUCCACAACGUUUAUCGCCCAUCUGUGCAAUCAUCAGGUUGCUCACGAGAUGUUGGCCGCCCAGAUUCUCUUGCUUCUUCUUCAUAAGCCCACAGACGACAGUGUAGAAAUCGCAGUCGGGCUCACCCGAGAAGUUGGUCAACAUCUGGAGGAAAUGAACCCUCCCAUUGCACUCGCAGUGUUCGACCAAUUCCGAAACAUUCUUCACGAGGCCGACAUCGACAAGCGUGUGCAGUAUAUGAUUGAGGUGCUCUUCCAGGUGCGCAAGGACCGUUAUAAGGACAAUCCGGCAGUUAAGGAAGAGCUCGAUCUUGUGGAGGAAGAAGAUCAAAUCACCCACCGCCUCGGAUUGGACGAUGAAAUUGAGACACAGGACACGCUCAACAUUUUCAAGUUUGACCCGGAGUGGGAACAGCACGAAGAAGCCUACAAAAAGCUCAAAGCCGAAAUUCUCGGCGAAGACAGUGAUGAAGAUGCCGAGGAUGGUGAGGACGAGAGUUCGGACGAAGAAUCAGACGAGGAGGAGCAGAAGAUGGAUAUUAAGGACCAGAGCAACACUGACCUGGUUAACCUUCGCCGAACAAUCUACUUGACGAUCAUGUCUAGUAUCGAUUUCGAAGAAUGCUGUCACAAAUUGAUGAAGAUCAACCUGCCGGCCGGUUUGGAGCCAGAACUGCCGUCAAUGAUUAUUGAGUGUUGCUCCCAGGAACGAACAUACUCCAAGUUCUACGGCUUGAUCGGCGAGCGAUUUGCAAAGAUUAAUCGCUUGUGGUCGGACUUGUUUGAGGCUGCCUUUGCUAAAUACUACGACACUAUUCACCGCUACGAGACAAAUCGCCUGCGCAAUAUCGCACGAUUCUUCGGACAUAUGAUCAGCAACGAUGCCAUUGGCUGGCAUGUCCUUUCGGUGAUUCAUCUGAACGAGGAGGAGACCACCUCCAGCAGCCGUAUUUUCAUCAAGAUUUUGUUCCAGGAUCUUGCAGAGCACAUGGGCCUGCCCAGCCUGCAGGCUCGAUUCCGGGACGAGAUUCUACGGCCAAGCUUCGAGGGUCUCUUCCCCUACGGAGAACCCUCGACACACCCGCUUCUCAGUCAACUACUUCACCAGCAUUGGCAUGGGUAUUUUGACUGA